GGACGCCUCCCAGAUGGCGUGACAAAGAGUGGUCUACGUUCUUUCGAAGAUUGGAGAAGGCUAAUAUGUAUAAUAUGGAGUCUGCGGAUACUUCAUUAGAAAGCGAAAAGUGGGUUUCUAGGAUGUGGCGGGACUACGGAAGGGAGCCACCACAUGAGGAGGCCGCGCCGAAGAAACUGCCGCAGCUUGACCUCGUACCAGUUGGAAAAAAUGCAGCUAUUGGGCAGAGCAGUCGCAUGUUUCUUCUUUUGCCGCAGGAAGAUGAAGAUGUGGGAGAUGCCAGUAUUGCUGCUGGACGAAAUGUAGUUAGACUUGAACGUGGAGGAGGUGGGGCUGCAACGUGGUCAAAUAAUAACAGAGCAGGUGGAACCUCGGAUGUUGGUGGUAAAAUUAUGGAGACCGAUUUUACACUUGAUGCCCAUACUGAGUUAUACUUGCGAUCUUCGUCAGUGGAUUUUCAAACUAGGGCGAUUCAUCUAAAUACACGCCUACCCCGAGGAUAUCGAUAUCUUCCAGUUCCAGUUUCCCAUAGUACUUAUACCCAUCUAAUACUGAUGCUAACAAGCCACGAAAAAUGACCCCGCGUCUUGAUCUCUCGGUUCGCAUCCAUACUUGCCUCACCCGAAGAGGUUGCUCAGAAGCUGGGCAAAUCGCGACACACCUACGCAACGGCUUCAAGCGUUUACUCUUUGCAUCGUCCGAACGCAUUUAUCGUCGUCCAUUUGUCAAAAUUUUAGGCGCACCAGUAGCAGAUACGAAUUAUCACAGAGCAGGGGGGACGACUGACUUGCUGCAAGACGAAAAGUCUGAACGACAUUAUGGCGAGUUCCUAUUGAAUACUUGUAGAGACAUAGCAAUGGAAAAGAAGAAUCCUGUUGUAAAACCUCGCGCUCGACGUCGUACAUUUAACAUGUCUUGCUUCUAAGUGAUCGCUUGUUUUGUUAGUAGUAGUAAGAAAUGGGACACCAACACCAUGAUGAUGAUGAUGAUGAUAUUGUUCUUCGGACGAGUUUCUUUCCUGUUUCAGUCACAGGAGCAAACUUACCGUUACCACAUGCCUCCUAUGUAUUGUUCCUUCUAGAUGCCGUUGUAAGAAAGUGCAAGGCGCAAAGUUUGAAGACCUUGAGCAACGGAGCGAGAUCUUGCCUAUAAGCACAACCGGUGCAAACUGCGGAAAUUCCUUCACGGCGAGUUAUAUUCUACCAUAUACCUUUUAGUAGAAAUCGCACUGGCAUUGGCGAAAAAGAAAUCGUACUCUGCUCAGAUGGAUCGAAAAGGACGAUGAUUAAGGCAACAGCUACUAUUUUGAUUUCUUGUUCUAUUAGACUACGGGACUUCAUUAUCUAAGUACCUAGGCCAGCCUUUCAUCAUUAUUUCUCCUUUGAGUUAACGCAGGGAGAGUAUUUUUAAUUCCCACAAUGAAUACCCACCAACUACGUUCUCCUGUGUGUCACAGCGGCGCCGAGGCAUCCUAUUCUAUCGUCCUAUUCUACCCUAUGAUCCCAUCCUAUCCUAUCUCCUCCUUCCGUCUGCACUAAUCUAGACUAUUUGUCAGGCGCAAGUAUGAUGAAACAGUUGGAUGCUGCUUACAACGCGACCGCUGAAUGGGAUUAUUUACAAGAGGAGACACCGUUGAGGAGGAUCUCAUCGAAUUCAACAAUUCAGUUAAGGCUUGACACAAUUCAUUUCCAAGGGCCAUUUUCUUCGGUUUCCCACCUAGGAGGGCGAAGAAGUGGCGGAUUGCUUUGAGCUCUAAUUGAAGACGAGCCAUCGGAAGACCAUGGUCUUGUUCAAGACUCGAACAAUAGCAAUACAACUUUCUCCUCGGCCAUCAACAUGAUGCUGCUGCUGCCUUCUAGUACAUCUUCACCGAGUACAUCGCCACCAUCAAGAAUUAUGCCUAAUGAUCAUGAACAUUAUGUCGCAGACAAGGCAUCUUCUUAUCCUGGUGCGUCCAAUGUCUCAAGGAUGAGUAACAGCACCGAAGAUACCAAUAACAGCCUGGAAGAUGCUUAUGCGCCUACGACGACGUCCACCUCCACAGAAAAAUUCUUUACAAGUAGAGACGAGGCCAGUACUGAUAGUGAUACUGAAGAGGAUGAGGCGUUGAUGCCAGAACCUCUGCGAUCUUUGCGCGAUGCAACCUCCUUAAGGCGAAUCAAAAUAACAUUUAUUUAAGUGUAGUCCUGCUUGAUAUCUUGGAACUUUUGGGUUUGGGUGCAGCACCUUGUGGUGUUGCACUUUCUUCCUUGUUCAACAACAUUUUGUUUUCGAGGAAAAUUUCCAGCAGCAUUCAUGUUCUAGUUAGAGUUCUAAUUGCCCCUAGCAGCCCAAUGGAGAACAGAGCUCUGCAGGAAUGCCAUGUGCAGGAGCAGCCCUCAACUACAAAAGCACCCAGUAAUGAGGAAGACGAACCUGAGAAAAACGAAGAGGAUCAAACUUUAGGAAGAUGGAGCGGGUAAAGAAGCACUCAUAACAGAAAUUAACGACUGAUUUUAUAUAUUUUGUAUUUUUACUACUACAAAAGCACCAGAGGAAUUUGACAUUGGGUCUCUUCCUUUCUUUCUCCCCCACACUACCUCUACCAUGUUAUGUUAAGAUAUGUUAAUGUUACGAAUACGAUGUUGCGUUAAGAUAUGAGCUCCUGGAUGCUAUCUCAAGCCUCUUCUAAAUCUCGUUUUUCAUCGCUACGUACGCGACGAGACGUAUUUUGAUGUGAUGGUGAAUCUGGACAGCGAUCUGUUAGUCGGGAAAGAGUAUUUCGUUGACCUUGCAAGGCAGUUCUACCGUCAAUUAAGGCUGAUCCACAGAGGAGUCCUCGUGCUCCGGCUAAUUUUGGAUGCCAGCAUAGAUCGCUGGUUUGUUUCUUGUAAGAUGAUGGAUGUUUCUUUAGGUGCUAUCAAGAUGAAGUAAAGAGACCAGCACCAGGAAAGGAUGGACGAGACGGUGAGACAUCACUAUAGAUAUGUCGGAUAAAAUGAAUCCUCUAACGCGCAAAGAGCUCUUUCCUGAAACCUUCGCGGCAGAGAGGAAAAAGGACGAAGAAUGGCGAGCACAAAUGCACAUGGAGGCAUUGCAAGUUAUGAUUUCUCUACUCGAGUGGUAGUAUUUAUUAAGUAAGCAAAAUAUUUUUAUCUCAACAUCCGUAAACAGAUCAUGAAUUGACAUUUCCAUCCUGUGCCAUCAGUUGUAGUAAAAACACAACUUCAAUCUGCAAUGAGAGUCUUGUGUUAUGAAGAUCUUCAUCAACUUCAACAUCUCCUCCUCUAUGAAGAUAUUCCCAAGAAAUUCGUCUGAAAUUUCAUUACAAGGAAUUCGAUAAAUAGAAGUACUUUUGAAUGACGUGCGUGUUGAUCUAAAGCAGAGAGAGCGAAGGAAGAGCGGAUCGUUGCUGAAAUCGCCGCAGCUCAACAGGCGCUCGAGAAGCAGCAGAAACGGCAAGAAGAAAAUGCAAGAUUGGUUCGGAAAACGCAGCAAGAAAAGAUCAAGCAGGCACGGGCGAGGCUGCGGGAAGAGCAAAGUGCGAGUGAGCGCAGCCCUGUAGUGUCUGGGGGACUACUUCCAGGAGGUUUCGUGGUGGGUUCAAAAGACGGCGUAAAAAAAGACGGGGUAAAAACUACACCUACAGCUGAAGAAAGAAAGCCUCCCUCAACAGAAAAACAACGCGCAGCACGAGCACCGAAUGGUCGACGACAACUUGCGGCCCUAGAAGAUGAAGCAGUCGAGCAUCAAAGCCGGGACGACAUGCUACAUCACGGCACUUCUCCUGUUAGGGAUUGCGAAGAUUGUGAGCGUCAGUCAAUUUUUCUUGAAAAGCUUUGUUUAUAUAUCUGCCAAAAAUCUUUCCGAAGUAUUGAAGCAGAAAAGUCCAAAUUAGUAUUAAGGAUACGCAGAAAAACGGACGAUGACUCCCUCCCUGUUUGGAUAAUGAACAUUUUGGUACUAGUAGAAUAGAAUGCUUUAACUUUUUCCCCGCAGACUCGGCUGAUCUAGAGAGCACCGUGGCCCAGGAGCACGAUCAGGGUGAGCAUGAGCAUGAGCUGAGAUGGAAGAAUAAUGAAACAGAGAACAGAUGGAAGUAUAGGGAAAUGCUGCGCGCGGUGAACGCUGCCCACGUCUACAACGGGACUAUCUUCAGUUAUGCACCAGGAGGAACAUUGUGGAUAAUCCAAUUUGUUAGUGAUUCAUGUAGUUUUGUCUACUGAAAACGAAUAUCAUAAUUUUUGCUUAUAUAUUUCGGGAAUGACGUUCUUGACGACGAUACAAUAAGCCCUUUUUUCGGGAAUAACUUGAGGUUGCAUCUUCUGCUGUCGACGUUGUCUCGCUCCUGUCAAGGUUCCUGCUAACAAGACGUCUCAGACAACUGAAAAUUGACUGGGUAGAAUCAAUAUCGUCAACAUUACUUGUCUAAUGUACCACAUAUGUAUCCUCGACCCAUGGAAUUUUUGGUGGCGCUAGCUACGCGUUCGACAUCAGAGCUUAUGAGUUGUGCAUUCGCGCAAGUCUCAACUUGAAGUAUUCUACUUAGCACUUUGAUAAUGAUAAUAUUGUCUAGAAGGAAGCUUUGUCUUUGUGGCUUUGUCUUUGUGGCACUAGGUCUAGGAGGAAGUAGCAGGAGUCGAUGAAACAUGUUUAUCAUGUAUUUAAUACUAGGGGGGGUCCUGGUUUCUAUUGUUUUUUGACAAAUAUCUUCUGUGACGCUGUUCUUAUUCUUUCUUGUUUUUCCUGCAUGAUCAUCAAAUUGAUACAACACGACAGAUUCUUGAAGAAUUGGGUCACUCGUUUGGAUUACCUACAUGAAAGAUGGGUAAAAAAGCGACUCGCCAUGAAACGGCGGGUGCCCUUACGACUGCGAACUCGAACUCCGCCAGGCUCCAAGCCAACCCUCCCUUGGGACAGCGCCAUGAUGGAGCGCUGUGACGAGGCCCGUGUUCAUCUUCACGGUGCAAGAAACUUACGGGUGGGCUAAGGUCACAUAAGUACAAUUUCCCAAUAUCAAAUAACUUUGUUUCCUAGAACAAACUUAGUGUUACUAUCGUAAUCGAUGCAACGAUUCGUAUCAUCUUCAUCCUUCCGCAGCUCUGGAGCGCAUGCUUCGUGGGCUUACCACGUUUACAGCAAGGAUAGCUUACAUCCGGAAAAUGAGGAGCGACCAGUCGAUUUUCAGGGUGCAGAUUGGUUUAACAUCGCUCUUAGCGUAGAGCCGGUGGAGCAAAUUCAGUAGACUAACACCUGAUGACAUCGUUAGAAAUAUGCUUCACCAGUGGAGUCAGCGUAGGUAUAGGUAAUACUUUUGCAGAGUAAGUACAUCUAAUCGUGGUCUCGUCGACGUUUGGGAGUUUUCGGUUACAUCUCGUUUAUCAUAGCCACAGGGGUCGAACGGGACGGAAAUAUUCAGACUGAUUACAGCUUAAUAUGCACAUCAAUGGAUAUAUUUUGCAAAGUCAACAUGUAUACACUGCUGUUCAUUGCAAGAACACAAAUUUGGGCACUUAUGGCACUCUACUAGAACUUUUACAAGAACGAGCGACUAGAAGCUCCAAUUUUUCAGACACAGUGAAUUGCAUCACCGGAUUCCAACAUUCAAACUCGAAGAGACAAUUACGUGACUCCACCAUUGAUUUUGACAUUUCGUUUCAUUAAUACAACUACUACCAGUACCAGUUUCGACAAAGCAUUCGGACUGGCAGGAGGUAUGAAAAGUUCUAUCGCACUUGUCUUUGUCCACAACUCAUAAUGACAGCACCACAGCCCAAGUAAGUAUAUAGAACGAGCUCGACGCAUGCGGAUGCGCGCAUAGAGAGGCGAGAUGGCUUGCAUAGGAAGUAGGAGGAGAAUGGUUAUUUGGUGACUAUCUGAU